AGAAGGGGCGAAAGGCAGAGUAGUGAGAUGCAAAGACAUUAAGAGGGGCUCCUGUGAAGAGGAUUCAGUUUUUACUAAAUUAAAAUAUUAGCAUUAGUGUCCCAAAGUCUGAUCUGACCUCUAAUCCAGCUGAUACGCAGAUAUUUACGGACAUCAUGGAUGGAGAAUCACCCAAACAGGAGGCAUCCAGUUCCACAGAGGCAACCAAUCACACUGACACCAACAACAACUGCAAUCAGCCCAGUGAACCAGAGGUGGUGGAGAAUAAAGACCUAGAGGAAGGAGCAGAAGGUCAGGGGGUAAUGGAGGCUGAGGAAGAUACAGUAUCAGAAGAGAGAGAAAAGGUGACAGCAGGAGACACAAAGAAACCUCAGACUGUGCCAGAGUCUGGUGAAGGUGAUACUGAAGAGGCUUCACAAGAUAAAGACAAAGCACCUACUGAUGCUGAGGUGAAGGAUUCUGAAAGUGGAGAAAAAGAUAAAGAGGAAGAAGCAGAAGAAAACAAGAAAGGAGAGCAAGUGGAAAAAAUCCAGAGUGGUGAGACUGGAAGAGAUGGAGGGGACAUGAAGGACAAAGACAAAGAGAGAAGUAAAUGUGAGAAAAAGAAAGAAGGUAAAGAUGUGAAUGAAAAAGAGGCAGAGAAGAAAAAACAAGUCAAGGAGGUAGAUGCAGAGCAAAAAGACAAAGGAAAGAUGAAGGAAGCAGAAAAGCAAGCAAAGCCCAAAAGAAAGAGUGGUCCCCCCUCCUCUUCUUUCUCCCGACCAAGACCCUCUGCACGCUCUAUAAGAGCAUCUGCUAAAAACGACAUUAUCGCCAAAUUUCAGCAGGGUGCACCAGAGACACCAAUAACUCGCAACUUCAAGAUUCAAAAGUCAUCUGCUGCUGCGGCCACAGGAGCUUCAAUCAAACAGAAGAUACUUCAGUGGUGUCGCAACAAGACUCGAAACUAUGAGGGCAUCAACAUAGAAAACUUCUCAUCAUCCUGGUGCGAUGGGAUGGCAUUCUGUGCUCUGAUUCAUCGUUUCUUUCCAGACGCUUUUGACUACAGCUCCCUGACUCGAGAGGACAGGGAGAAAAACUUCACUCUGGCCUUCAAAACUGCAGAGUCCCUGGCUGACUGCUUCCCUCUGCUGGAAGUGAGUGACAUGAUCAUGAUGGGUAACAACCCAGACCCAAUGUGUGUGUUCACGUAUGUCCAGUCAUUGUGCCACAGCCUCUCCAAAAUAGAGAAAGAGAGGAAGGACAAAGAGAAGGAGGAGAAAGAGAAGGCUGGUAACAAGGGAGAAGAGAAGGAGAAAGGAGACGAUGCACCAGGAGAGGUAUCGCCAGAGAAGGAUGAGGAAGAGGCUGCUGAGAAUGAGACAAUGAGCAGUCAAGAGGACAAACCAGUAGAUGGUACAGAGACGGAGGGAACCGUUGAGGAGGAAAGUGCAUCAAAGAGCUGUGAGGUGGAGGAAGAUGAGGGAGUGUUAGUGGAGGCAGAGUCUUAGAAAGACGCUGGCAAACAAAAAAGACUGAAAAGACCAAAAAGAUUGUUUAUCAUACUACAAGGAGCAAGUCUUAGUUUGGCGUUGGACUGACUACUGUCAGAGUAAUGAAGUACAACAAAAUCACUCAAAACUCAAAUGCUGGUGAUGAUGAUGUGAUGCAGUUACAGCAUGUUUGACAAUGUACUGCUGCG